ACGAAAUUACUUUUAUCAUUUCCAAAAAGAGGGACGGCCAUUCUUAGGAGAAGGAAGAAACAGCAGUUGUUUUGAAGACUCGAUGCUAUUCUUCUCGUUUUUCAAAACCUUUAUCGGCAAAACAGUGACUGUAGAACUCAAAAAUGACGUAAUUAUUCGAGGCAAGGUACACUCGGUCGAUCAGUAUCUGAAUAUAAAGUUGGAAGAUAUUGAAAUACUCAACGUCGAAACUUGUCCGCAGUUGGUAGGUUUCUUUUUGGGUUUACUUUUUGAGGGUAACGGAAAGUUCUUUAUAGAUGACUUUGAAGAAUUCUUUUAUCAGAGGCAGUGUAAUUAGGUAUAUUCAAGUGUACGCUAUUGACGUAGACUGCGAAA